AUGGGGGCGGGGACCAGGCCGUCCGCGAUAGCUGCGGCGGCUCUGCUCGCCGUCGCCGCCUGCUGCGCGGCGCUCCUCGUCGCGGCCGCGCCGCCGCAAAGCCACCAGCCGCAGCAGCACAAGCACGUCAGGAUCUCAGGGAACGCCGGCGACGUGCUGGAGGACGACCCGGUGGGGAAGCUCAAGGUGUUCAUCUACGAGAUGCCGAGGAAGUACAACCAUUACCUGCUCGAGAAGGACAACCGGUGCCUCUACCACAUGUUCGCGGCGGAGAUCUUCAUGCACCAGUUCCUGCUGGCGAGCGCGGUGCGGACCAUGAACCCGGAGGAGGCCGACUGGUUCUACACCCCGGUGUACGUGACGUGCGACCUGACGCAGCAGGGCUUCCCGCUGCCGUUCCGGGCUCCCCGGAUCAUGCGGAGCGCCAUCCAGUACAUCGCGGCGACAUGGCCGUACUGGAACCGGACCGAGGGGGCCGACCACUUCUUCCUCGCUCCCCAUGAUUUCGGGGCGUGCUUCCACUAUCAGGAGGAGAGGGCUAUCGAGAGGGGGAUCCUGCCGCUGCUCCGGCGCGCGACGCUGGUGCAGACGUUCGGGCAGAGGAACCAUGUGUGCAUGCAGGAGGGGUCCAUAACCAUUCCUCCCUACGCCAACCCGCAGAAGAUGCAGGCUCACCUCAUCUCCCCCGGCACCCCCCGGUCCAUCUUCGCCUACUUCCGCGGCCUCUUCUACGACAUGGGCAACGACCCCGAGGGCGGCUACUACGCCAGGGGCGCGCGGGCGUCGGUGUGGGAGAACUUCAAGGACAACCCUCUGUUCGACAUGUCGUCGGAGCACCCGUCGACGUACUACGAGGACAUGCAGCGGGCCAUCUUCUGCCUGUGCCCUCUGGGGUGGGCGCCGUGGAGCCCGCGGCUGGUGGAGGCGGUGGUGUUCGGGUGCAUCCCGGUGAUCAUCGCCGACGACAUCGUCCUCCCCUUCGCGGACGCCAUCCCGUGGGAGCAGAUCAGCGUGUUCGUGGCGGAGGCGGACGUGCCGCGGCUCGACUCCAUCCUGGCGUCGGUGGCGCCCGAGGACGUGCUCCGGAAGCAGCGCCUGCUGGCCAGCCCGGCCAUGAAGCAGGCCGUGCUCUUCCACCAGCCGGCCAGGCCCGGCGACGCCUUCGACCAGGUGCUCAACGGGCUCGCCCGCAAGCUGCCGCACCGGGAGGGCGCGUUCCUCAAGCCCGGCCAGAAGGUGCUCGACUGGAACGCCGGCCUCGACAGCGACCUCAAGCCGUGGUAG